AGUUCUGCCGUGUAUUUGUCGUGUAGUGGGUGUAUGCGCAUAUUUCAAUAUCAUCAGCCGGUUGUUACGUGAUUCUCGAAAGUUUACGAAAGUUUCAAACGUUGUGACGUGAGUUUUUUGUGGAGUUUUUUACAGUUGGAGAGGUCUGACAAUCCCAGUUCCUCGACAACGUCGUUCAAUGGCUCAAAAUGUAUCUUUACUUGGUUUUUAAAAUUUCGUAACAACAGUGAUCAGUGAACUAGAACAAAAAGUAAUCAAAGCUACAUCUACAGCAUUGAAUAAAUCGUGAAGCAAGCUGGUUCUUAUACUAGGUGUCGUUUGAGGUGGAUCGUAUAACCACAACUUCGAAUAUUGUACAACUAUAAGGUGGUGCGUCAACAUGAGACUGGUAAUAUUUUUCGCUAUUCUAUGGAUGAACGAUGCAACCUUCGCUCAAAUUCGCUCAAGGAGUAAAUCAAAACCGAAAGCAGUGAAACCUAACAGUUUGUGCAGCUUAGAACCCACCGAUACUAACAGUAUACGAUGUUUCUGUACUAAGGACAAGUAUCAAGUUUUGUCAGCAGAGUGUUGGAUAUUCGAACCGGUGAAUAAAGAUAGUUUAAUUUGGAGGCUGAUCGUUGAGACUCAGCCGUAUUUGUCAGAUUUCAGUAUAAUAGCAAGUCAUCAAGGUCAGUUGAAAAGUAUUCCGCCGCAGUUUCUUCAGAAAAUGCUUUUUAUGAGGAACUUCACGAUAUCGUUCGCUCUUCUUGAUAAAUUGGAAAAGCACGUUCUUGCUAACUCGACAUCUAUACAAAAACUGACAUUAUGCAAAAACCAAAUUGAAAUACUGGAAAAUUUCUCUAUAGCUAAUUUACUUUCAUUGAAGGAACUUGAUUUGAGUGGUAACCGAAUUCGUUCGAUACCAAACUACGUUUUUUUCAAUGUUCCGGAAUUGAAAUAUGUGCGGUUGAACAGCAAUAACAUUUCGAAAAUUGAAGACAAGGCUUUCUCUUCGUUGGGAAACGUUUUGGAAUUGGACUUGUCGGAAAAUUACAUAUGCGAUAUAAAUAAUUUGACAUUCUUUGGAUUAUCAAAGUUGAAAGUGAUGGAUUUGAGUGUUAAUAAAAUAGUGAAUUUAGUUUCAAGUGUCUUCUCCGAGCUAUGGGAUAUCGAGGAACUCUACCUAGAUGACAACUACAUCGAAUUCAUCUCAAACAGAGCAUUCGACGGUCUUCGUUUUCUCAAAACUCUCAGCUUAGUAAACAAUCGACUAACUCGAUUUCCCGCUGGACUUUUUGCUAGUGUGUUCACACUAGUUAAUCUGGAUCUCAGUAACAACAGGUUGGAAACGUUGGUUUUUGAUUCCAUUGAACAAUUUUACAAUAAUUUGUUACACAAUGGAACUAUUGAUAUGAAAGGAAAUAGAUUCAGCUGUGAUUGCCGUUUAGAUUGGGUCUACAGUCUUCACGACAAGACAGCACAAGCUCACAUUCGCAAUUCGUUAGAAGAGUUGCAGUGCUCAAUGAAUGCAGAUAAAACAACUGUAACUACAGAAGUAGUGGAACAUCUGAUUUGCUCACCUUCCUUGUUCUCCAAUUCAAUCGAAGAAACACUUGAUCAAAACGAUUAUUAUGAUAAGGAAAACGAAGCUGAUAGUAGUGGUAAGGCAUUCUUAAUGUCGAUACCUCUAAAGGAUUUACCAUGUCCUGCGGAAUACAGACCAACGCCGAUUACGGUCAAGCAAGGCAGUCCGUCAGGUGUGGAAAUUGUUGACAGUGGUAGCUCAAGAAAAAUUCCAUUCUACUCAACUAUAUUUCUCAUUAUAUUUUCAUUGUAAGGCUAAACGACUUUAUGAAGUUUGGGAAAAAUUCUAAGAGCCAAAUAAAGAGAGAGACAUUACAUAUUAAUAACAAUGAUCGUGGUACAUGAAUGUUAUACGUUCUUUAUUGAUUUCAAAUAUCGAAUUUGAGUAUCUUCAAUAAUAAUUAAUACUAAACGGACGAGAGAGAAACUAGAGACAAAUUAGAUUCUAAUAUAAUCAGCAGAUAUUUUAUUUCGGCGUUUUUUUUUAACUGAUAUCGUAUUUUUGUAUAUUGAACGGAGUCAUUCCACUUUUCAGCAAGAAUAGAUUUCUUUGUUUUCUUCAUGAAUUUCCAGACUGGUCUUAGAGUCAGUAUUCUUCAACUCUAAAACUGGAAAAUAUGGCUUAUUAUAGGUUUAAUUUUAAAAUUAAAGCUCUUUAUUUAUGUUACUUCUCAUAAAUUUCAAAUAGAUUUCAUGAUUGACUAUCAAAUCUAAAAGUUAAUUAAAACCAAUAGGUACGAUUCAAAAAGUCAAUAUUUGACCUGGUGGAUGGAUUUAUUACAAAAUACCCACUUUCCUCAGAAAAAUGUAACUUUUUUUGUUUUGUUAUUUGCUAAGUAUUAAUCUCAAACCAAUUAAACGUUCAAACAAAGUGUGAUACAUUCUCCCUUUCCAACGAAGUAUCGCACUAUUGCUAUUAGAAAAAAAUCUGAGGUGGUUGUCGAGGUAGGAGGUGGGAAGGAUGAAAAUUUUUUAUAUGUCAUAAAACACCUUGAUUAGAAUGAAAAGUGAGGGGUUCACAUUUGUGUAAAAUAAUUCCUACAGAAGGCCAGACUUAAUAUCCGCAUCGUGGAAUUCUUAUCUCUUCUGAUCUUUUCAAAAAAGAUACAUUGUCACUUAUUCAAAAUUCCUGUGAGCAAUAAAAUUGUAUUUCAUUUACUGAAUAUCUCGUUCAAUAUUCAUUUAUUCCUAACGUACUGUAAUGUAUUUUAUUUAUUUAUAAACACUGUCCUAUACUUAAUUUAUUCAAACACUUUUCACUACACUUAACUAACUUAUAUAAAGAUCAACUUAUCACUAAUACUCAGCUAACUUAUUUAAAUUCUUCAGUUACGUUUUUAUAUCGUUCUGAUCACUAUGACUAUUGAACAUUCCUAGAAAUUAGUUCAAAACAAUGUGAACAAAUCACUCGCUAUGAUAAAAACAUUCAUAAAAACAAAUACCAAACGUAUUCCGCGGUAUAUUAAACGUGCUGUGCCUUCGUAGAAUUUUGGAAUUUCACUACAACCGACUGGACCGGCUCCACGGCCCAUAUCGCGGACUUGUUCGUGAUAACGUCUAAAAAAAAUGAUGAAUCUAUUAGUCUACUAUAAAUCAUCAUGGCAAUAUAGAGAAAAUAUUCUGAGGUAUAAUCAAGCUUUCAGGAUAUUUCAAAGUUUCACCAAUCAUAUUCAUUUCCGUGUCUGAGCUCGAAAAUGUGAUUUUCAUUUAUAUCAAUCAUUUUUUCAUAUAGUUCCAUUCACUUCUCUUAGUGAAGUUUAUUCAAGAAUUCUAAUGAUUCCAGCAAUUAUCACGAAUGUUCAUACAACUCAUUUCCUCAUGACCAAAUAAUAACAAUGUUUCGAAUUAUUCAUAGAAUUCUUUGUUUUCUAAAAUACUAAUAACAAAAUUUCACAAUUGUUUUAAAAUCAAGUGCGUAGAAAAUUCAAAACUAGUAUUUUAAAAUAAUCAAUUAUGCUUUCAACUGCCGACUACGUACUUGUUGUACACGUUAAUUGCUUAAAUUAUUCACGUCUGCAAAAAGUUUUAUGAAACUAAUGUUUACCUUUCAAAUCCGCAAACAAGUUUUUACAACCGAAUAUAAUAAUUGUGAACACAACCAUUCACAACACGCAAAUAAUUUUUUACGGUUUUAGACCGUUUAUUUCCGUUGAAGCCCAUUUAAGAGGUUUUAUUUUUCAGCCCUCAUCAUUAUUACAAAUAUCACAACGUUUUAAUUACAGUGGACAUUUCUGUUGGAAAUAAUUAAUUCAUCUUUGUCAUCACUGCUACUCCAGUUUUAAUUUAAAUCAUAGUAGUUUUAUCGGAUUUAUCUUGUUUUUACUAUUAACAUUUACUGUCACAAAAAAUUAUCAUUAAAUAGACUUAGUUCAAAACAUUUCAAUGUGUCCUUAUUUAUAUUUAAAGGUCCAUAUUCCAAGCGUUUUUACUUUGGUUAACUUUUUGAAGUUUGAUUUACGUAUUUUUCAGUUAUUCAGAUCAGAUCGACAGAUUUUGAAACGCGAUUUUCUGCAAUCGUUUAAAUUCGUUCCAAAUUCAGGAUCUAGGAAAAAUUAAGAAUUAGGAAGUUACUCGUUUCAACUGUAUGGAUAAUCCUUUGUAGUCCUAUUGUUCGCACCAGCUCUAGCCCAUGGAGACUCUCCAGAAUUCGAAAAACUUAUAGGCGUCGCAGACUUGAUAAGGUUCUUCCAUUGUGUCAAAUCCUGGAAGUCCUCUCUGUACAUUACCACUUGACAGCAAUAGAGAAUGUAUAUCGUAAUUUCCUCCUAUAUUUCACAUUAUCGGCUGGAUCAGCAGUCCUAUAUCUAUAAUAACCGUAUUUAGUGAUUAGACUCACAAAAGUCUUUUCAUCUCAACUACCGCAGUAUUUUUGUCCUCGAGCCUGAAAAUAUUUUUUUACUGGCUCUAUGAUCCUUUCCUUUCCCAAUGCUCAAGUUAUUUCUGAUCCAUGAGCAGUGAUUUCCUCUGUAGGUCGUUUUAAAGUCGAAUAUCAAUAAUUUGUGGAAUGAAAAUGCAAAAGUGUAGCGAUGUUUGGUCGUAAUGCGAAAUCAGUAUUUAGAACAACAUCAUUACCAAAAGAAGUUCAACUACACAUUCGUUCCGAUGAGUAUUUAAAAGAAUUGAAGGACCAUAUGGAACUGGAUCUUCCUAAAGAAAAAGUAACGAAGUUGAUAUGCAGACAAAAUGUAUGUUUGAUACAUGUAACAGUUCUGAACUCGAAGCUGGACCAUAUUUAAAAAAAUAGCUGGUAUUGAUCAAAUUAGAGUAGAUUUUAUAAAAUGUUCAAUAUCCUGAGCAAAAAAAAUGGAAGUUUGGUCAGAUUCUCAAUUUCCGAUCUGUGAAUUUUUGAUCACGGUCAUCAAGACCUCGAGGUCGAAGAGAUUAUUUUAAUGGUGAUUGUUGUUGUUAGACACGAAAUUCACUAGGAAUCAAUUUACACCACGCAACGCAGAACUUGAUUAAUCAGAAAUAUAAGGAGAUAUGAAAAUUUUUUUUUGAUAAUUAACCAACAUCCUAUCACAAAAUAUAUUAUUUGCAGCAUACCAUUUCAUUUAUUCUCACUACAACUCCAGUAAGAUUCAAAUAUUGCUUAAAGUUUAGAAGAAUAAAGUUCGAAAUAAUGAUAUUUCAAUUUUCAAAUUAAUUUCACCCACAAACUCUCUUUCUCGGUUUAAAAAUCCAUUCUUGUGACUGAGAGAAAAGCAGUUAACUUAAAAAUAAGAAA